CUGCAGCUUCUUGGUUGCAACUCUAGAAUUGUGGCCGAUGUUUGACAAGAGACAUGCGGCGAAGAAGGGCUCCCGACCCUGGAAUUCGAACAGAGGCUUUGGAGAUCGUGAGCUCCGUCAGGUCCUUGGAAUCAUUGAUCGAGCAUGGCUUGCUCGAGCGGGUGUGCGAGCUGCUGCCGGCUCUUGAGGUGGGCCGCGUUACUUUGGCGAAUUGCAUCAUGCAGGCCUUCGCCAAAGAGGUCGUGCCCCGCUUGCUUGCAACCCGGUGUCGACCUGGGGUUAGUCUCCAAGCUGCUCAUGCCAGCGAGGUUGCCGUUUUUGCGGACUGGAUGCAAACUUGCAGCAGAUGGCAUGCCGGUCCCAACACAUCGAAGCCACACAAUGUCGCCAAGGAAGACCGUGUGGCUGGCGACGAUGGUUCAUGGAUUUUCUUGGAAGGCGGCACAGACUGGCUUGGGUUCCAGGGUUUGUACUGCAACUUCACAGGAGGGAGCAAACCGAGAUGGGUGUCAUUUCGUUUGUGCCUGGAGACCUUGGACGAGUCGUGCGGUUUUUUUGCACUGUCUGCGGACAGAAGAACUUGGGGCUUGCAGCCGCUGAUCUUCAUUUUUAAUUACAGAGGGAACGACAUGCCAUGGGGCAAGCGGUCUUUUGCAUUGCAAACACAACCAGUGACUGGUGACUUGCAUGUCCUCCAUCUCGAGGAGGCAGAAAUUCUUCCCCGAGUCCCUUAUGAGAUAUCUGUGCAUUUGGACUGGUCUCAGGGACUUCUGGAACUUUUCAUUGACGGUGCUUGUGUCCUGCAUGGAAUCCCCUUCCAGGUUGAUUUGGUUCCGCGCUACAUAGGUUUGUACAACUGGAGAAGCCGUGCUUCCUGUGGAUUUUCAGAGAUAAUGGUUGGGAAUGCUCGGCCAUAUCCAUUGGCAAGAUCACCGCAGCAUGUUUGGAGGGUUUCUGAGAGACAGCAAGGGAGCUACCGUUUCAGCAGACACAGGAUGGUGAGCUUCAAGAUGCUUGCCUUUGCAGUACUUGUGCUGCUGGCUCUUGUUGCAACAUGUUAUUUGAGCUUGUCGCAAAAGAUGUGAAAA